AUGUCUCAGGCUGAUGCCAUCAACAGUAGAGCAGCCGAAUUUCCUGACUGGCUCCAAUUAUUUAUUGAUAUACUUGACCCGCCACAUGAAGAGCCGGGCAAAUUACAAAGAAUUUCCUCUAUACUGCACGAGAAUAAUGAGGAAUAUUAUAAAAAGUACUACACGCCCAUUUUUGUUCCCAUUGGUCCAAUCCACUGCCAAAACCUUGAUGGUCAAUCCAUGAAGAAGCGGAUAGCAGUGAAGCAAUUACAAGGAAGAUUACAAGACGAGGUAUCCAUUGGAGAAGUAUAUGCAAGUGUGGAAGAAAAGUUGCUCAGUGCUCGGAAUCGUUACUCUUGCGAUAUUAUCGAAUCCUUUCAAGACGACCGCAAGUGGUGUAAUAUGAUGUUCCUCGACGGCUGCUUUGUUGUUGACUUCAUUUGCCGUUACUGUUCGAGGCCGUUGUAUAGAACGAAAGAUUAUGAAGAUUUGGUGCUUCGUGACCUUUUAUUGUAUGAAAAUCAAUUGCCUUUCGAGGUUCUAGACGCGUUAGCAGACGCAUUUAGAUGCAAAGAGACUUUUCAUAAAUAUUUAACCUUGAUGUUACUCGAAAGGCCGUUCAUGUUAACGAAAUCUUCUGUUCCAGCUUCUACGUUUCUUGAUAAUAUCGAGAGUUGUUUAUGCAUUAAAUUUAGGCGGUACGAAGACGCCAACAGCACCCUCUUCGCCGAGUCUCUCCUCGACGCCUUCGAAGACUCAGAAGAACAUAUAAGAAAUAGCUGCGUCAUCCUUUUUGGAACUGAAGGAGCUCCUCCUCCAGCUUCCACAGUCACAGACUUGCAGAAAGUAGGUAUUAAAUGCAGUAGCUCUACUUCCCUAUCAGACAUCUCUUUUUAUUCAUACAUGUUAUCAGGGAAGUUGUUCCUUCCACAACUAACUUUCGACCAUUGGAGAAUGACCCUGAUUUUAAACCUAGCUGCUUACGAAUUUUCGUGCGGCCCAAAUAGAUCCUGCGGGAUCUCAUCGUACUUGAGUUCAAUGGGUACGUUCAUUCAUGGAGAGGAAGAUGUUAAGGAGCUGCGAGCCAGGGGCCUAGUCCAGCUCAACCACAAAGAUUACGAUGAUCACGCAGUGGUUGACUUCUUCAGAUAUAUAACAAUGCAUCAUGAGCCCAAUCCUAAAGUUAUGAAGCGUGUCAAAGGACAGAUUUCUACUUACUGCAAAAGCAAAAGGCUCCUCCCUCUAAGAGUUGCCUCUGCUGAAUUUAAGCAAAGAUACAACACAAAGUCCUUAGACUUCUCACAAUUGCAAGUAGGAGACGGCACCAUGGAUUCAAAUUCUGCCCAUAACCCUUUCAAUUUUGAGAAAUACUCUGACACCGAACUCACCCCUUGA